AACAGUUACAACCGUAUGAGAAACAUGGUCGCCCAACAUUCACUGAAGAGGAAAGCGACGUUGGAAAAUGGAUCAGGGAACAAGCGGGGACCGGCUGUCCCACAAUCAUCCCGAGCUGAAAAUGACAAUGAUCUCCAGGAAUUGGGGAAUGAAUCAUCAAUUAGCUACGACGAGGAAGCCAUGGAACCACUUGAAGAUCCUAUGAUCGAUCAACAAGUAUUUUCCGACGACGCGGGAUCCGUCAGCGACGCAGAUGCCCACGAAGAAGCUUCUGAAAGCGAAGAGCACGACCGACCCACUGCAGGGCCCUCUCGCUCCUCGAAAAACCUUUACAAGGCACCAACUUUGUCAGAAAUGGAGGCACUCCGUCGUGCCGAAGAAACUGGUGGCACAACCUUUUCUUUGCAAUUAUCAGAGCUUUUAGAGGCUUCUCUUUUGCCGACUGCACCUCACGCCGCUCUCAAAGACUUAUUAACAGCCAUUCACUCCAGAAUCCUUGGGAUGCCCGCGAUAGAAAGCUUGCAUCCUGCCAAGGCUAUUAAGCGGAUUGGCAUAAAGGUGCCAUUCCCUGGCCCUGCGGAGUUCUCGCCUCUCAAGAAUGGCAAAGAGAUCAAGUGGACGUUGGGAUGGGCCAAGCCCGAGGAAGUUGUCAUCGGAGGCAGCUGGAGUGUUGUAGGUGGAUACAAAAAGGAAAAGGGGGAAAUGGGAGGGAUUGAUCUUGUAGUUGCAAUGCCGCAUGGCAUCUUUUCACCCAAAGAUAGGCUUGAUUACAGAUAUUUUCACAAGCGGAUUUUCUAUCUAGCUGUCAUCUUCUCUGAACUGCAACGACUGGCUACUAAAGAGGGUGAAUUGAAAGGAGUUAAGAUUGAGUGGGCUACAAACAUGGCCGACGAGAGGCGGCCUAUCGUUGUCGUCCGUGCCGGCAAGGAUCAAGGGCUCAAAUCGAAAGUGGACAUUCGUAUCCACGCCUCUAUCCCUUCAUCUCUUUUCCCUCUGUCAUCCUUAUCUCCAGCGAAAUCCCUUGUCCGCACUGCCUUAUUUGCCACUACUGACCAAACUAGUGGUACCCCAUCACCUCUAUACAAUACAUCUAUAUUGCAUGAUACCCUGCACAAACCUCAUCUUCUCCAUUUGCACCGACUUUCUCAACUCCUUCCAUCAAAUGCUCGCACUGUUGACUCUUUCCUUGCUCUAUGGAGAAUCUGGGCAAAGCGAAGGGGGAUACGAAGAGAAAGGGGAGGCAGUGCAUGGUUAGCUGGGAUGGUAUUGGGUUGGGUUAUCAACGGAGGUUGGGUGGGCGGUGUAGGCGGAAAGAGAGAGCAGGUGAAAAAAGUUGCAGGCGUAGGUAGGAGCUUGGGAGCUUGGGGCGCCCUUCGGGCUGCCUGGGAAUUUUUGGCUCAUACCGACUUUAAACAAACCCCUAUCUUUCUCCAUCCGCCCUCCUCACCUUCGUCCUUCGAGCAUUCUGUGUUUCUCACCUUCUCUCACGUAUUUACUGAUCCCUCUGGCCUCGUCAAUAUAUUUGCUGGCUGGGACGAGGGUGAAAUCGAUUUCUUAAGAUAUCACGCAAGGGAGACAUUGGCGAUGUUGGAAGAUGAAAGCGGAGAGCGAUUCGCGGACGUUUUCCUGAAGGAAUUUGAUCUUGGUCCUGCGGUGUUUGAUGAAUUCUUCCACAUCGACAUCUCAUCAGCCCGACUCCCAGAUGAUCUAUAUAAACGCUCCGAACACCCUUCGGUCUCUUCUCUCGCCGUAACCGUCUUCUCUUCGACUCUCCGCCAAGGUCUCUCCAACCGAGUGAAUUUUGUUCAUAUCUGCCCGAUUUCUGACCACAGCAUCUCUGUGGGAUUGCUUUUAGACCCUUCCCAUGCCAACCGCGUCCUGGACAUUGGACCAUCUUCUGACAAGCCUUUGGAAGGCGAAGCUUUCCGUGGACUUUGGGGGGAGAAAGCUGAGCUGCGAAGGUUCAAGGAUGGGAGCAUUGCAGAGAGUGUGGUUUGGGAUCUCUCGAGACCUGAAGAUGCGGCUUUGAUUCCAAGCAAAAUUGUCAGAUAUCUUCUGGAAAACCAUUACUCUAUCCCGGGAGACGCGGUUACUUCCUUUUCCAGCUCGCAAAGCUGGUUAAGUCUCAUUCAAAUCCCAUCGUCCGCUAGGGAUGCGAUCACUAUCAAGGGUUCUGAGAAGCUUGGCUUCCGACCGAUGCUGAGUGGCUACGAUAGCCUUUACAAAGUUUUGAAAGAUAUUGACCACAAACUUCCCCUCGCUGUUCUCAAUGUUCAGCCUUCUUCUCCUCUCCUUCGUUAUUCCUCCACAUUUGUACCUCAUCCCGUGGACAUUCAUCGCUUUUCUGCCGCGCCGGAUUGCAUCAAAUACAUCCCUUCUGCCGAUGUUAUCGUACAGUUUGAGAGUUCACCAAAAUGGCCCGACGAUCUUGCCGCCGUCCAAAAGGUCAAGCUUGCUUUAUUCGAAAAAUUGGCAAGGAUUCUACCAUCAAGACUUCCGGAGAUAAAAGCCGAUAUUGUCUUUGACGCUGGGGCGAGUGAGAUCGAAGACCAAGCAUCUUUAGCGGUAAUGCUCCCAGAGGGCAUUUCUUUCAGGCUUCGGAUCUACUAUGAGCGGGAGAAAACCAUGCUCGAACGGGUGCUCCAAGAAGAAAAACCGCUUUUCGCUACCUCGCUUCCCUAUCCCCCUCGUCGACUUGUGGUUCCUGCUCUCGCGAUUCACCUCGAAAGAUUCCACUACCUACCUGCUCAUCAUUCUUCCCUUGCGCCGAUGCACCACAGGUAUCCGACAUAUUCCUCCGCUUGCCGUCUCUUGAAGAGGUGGUUUGCUGCUCAUAUGCUUCUGGGUGAAAGUGGAGUGAGGGAGGAGAUAGUCGAGCUGAUCAUGGCGGGCGUGUAUCUCGAGCCAGGAAGGGGAAAGACGCCUUCCAGUGCGGUAGGAGGAUUUAUGAGAGCAAUGGAAUUGCUGGAAUGUUGGGACUGGAGGACUGAGCCCUUGCUCAUUCCUAUCGUCAGUGCCUCUUCUCCAACUUCAGCUUCCGCGUCCGGGCGCGUGAGGUUCCCUGCCGAACUCAAAGAGGAGGCACUUAAAUUGUUUGAGCAUCUCCGUGCCAAGGAGAAGGGCACUGAAGGUAACGAAGGGAAUGUCCAUGCGUGGGUCGUAUGCACAGAGCAGGAUGUGGAAGGGAUGAGGUGGACAAAAGGAAUUGGCAAGGCUGUGGCGGUACGCGUGGGAGCAUUGGCAAGAGCUACUGUGAGGGCCGUCAAAGAUAGUAUCGAAAAGGGGAGUCUAGAUGUCACGGCACUGUUCAUCACUCCUUUGGAGCAUUACGACAUCAUUAUCCAUCUAUCUCCCAAAUUUCUCUCGACGUCCGCUCAAUCCAUCCUGCCUGACCCUUCUUUAUGGGAGCCUCACCUCAAAUACCGCAACCUCACUUCAUCCUCAGAAGAAAGCGAUGGUAUGAGGAUCGACUUUGAUCCAGCCGCUUUGUUCGUCCGCGAUCUGAAAAAGAUUUACGGGGACAGCCUCAUGUUCUUUGUUGACCGUCACGGAGGCGAUGCAGUGGGCGGCGUUUGGAAUCUUGCAAGGGAUGGCGCGAGGGGUUUGAAAUCAUUCUUAGGUUGGAACGGUAUGCCUGUAAAGUCCGAAGCCGAGCUCGUGGAAAUUAAUAAAGAGGCAAUUAUCGGGGAGAUUGCAAGACUUGGGCAAGAUCUGGUGGUGAGGAUUGAGAGAAGGCGAUAAUCAUUUUGGCAUAUUUUGACGCUUGUGGUUCAAUUUUUAGACAGCAUGCAAUGUAAAAUUGUUACAAU